GUGAUUUGUAAAAAAGAAAAAGAAAGGGGAAGUGUGUGAGUGAAGCGAGAGAUGCGGUGCAGCUGCAGUGCAGGGUCGGCAAUCUAUCGUUGUAAGCAAUAAUCAGUGAGUGUUGAUGUAACGACAACAAUUUUAGCGUGAUCCAACGUCGUAUCCCACUACGUGUAAUAUUCUUAUUCGUCAUACUCUUUCACCUGUUGCCUUCUUAAACUUCCGCGGUCUCCUUUUUUCGCCCCCCUUUCCUCUAUUUCAGUACUUCAAUUUUUGACGCUUCUUUUUCUUUUUCUUAUUAAUUCAUUUUCAUCCUUGCCUCAUAUCUCAUCUCUAAGCUCUACUAGAAUAUUCCACACUCAUGGCAGAAAAGGUCAAGGUUACUAUAAUGAAGCUCAAGGUUGAUCUUCAGUGUGACAAAUGCUACAAAAAGGUCAAGAAAGUUCUCUGCAAAUUCCCUCAAAUUCGAGACCAAGUGUACGAUGAGAAGAACAACAUCGUAACAAUCACAGUCGUAUGCUGUAGCCCUGAGAAGAUCAGAGAUAAGCUUUGCUGCAAAGGUUGUGGUGCCAUCAAAAGCAUUGAAAUUGUCGAACCUCCUCCACCUCCCCAACCCAAACAACCAGAGAAGCCCAAGGAACCCGUUAAGCCAAAGGAACCGGAAAAGCCCAAAGAACCAGAGAAGCCCAAAGAACCAGAGAAACCCAAAGAACCAGAGAAACCAAAACAACCCGAGAAACCCAAAGAGCCUGAGAAGCCCAAAGAGCCCGAGAAACCAAAGGAGCCUGAGAAGCCUCCGCCGCCGCCGCAACCCAAGCCCGAACCACCAAAAGAAAAGCCCCCACCGUCGGCGGAGCCCGUGCAUGUACCACCACCUCCGAUGAUGCCGGUGUGUCCACCGCCGAUGGCGGUUCCAAUAGGAAUUUGUUGUGGGCCAUGCUAUGAAGGUAGGCCUGGUGGGCCAUGUUAUGACGGUUACGGUGGGCCACCACAAAGUUGCUAUGAUGGGUACUACGGAAGACCAGUUUAUGAUAGUUACGGUGGUGGCAGGCCUUGUUAUGUGAGUCGUUGUGAUGAAUAUUUAUGUGAAGACAAUGCCACUGCUUGCACGAUUAUGUGAUCUUGUUACCAAAUUCGUCACCACUAUUAUCAUCAAUUUACAAUUGAUAAUAAAUCAUGGAGUACUAAUAUUUGUUUUUCAACUUACAAAUUAAUAACCGGUGUUUGGUCGAAAGCAAUCGUAUAAGAGGGAGAUAUAGAAUAAAUGUAUACCGUCAUAUAGUAUUAAUGUAACUGGUAUACUAAUAUACUAUGAUACCAUAUAUUAAAACAAUUUGGGUAAAGUUUGUAUUUACGUGCAAAAUUGAUUGAAAAAUGGAUUUAUUUGAUUUGCUCAAAA